UUUUGUACACAGCCCUGUGGUCAACAAGCCCAGCCGGGUGUACACCAGCCAUGUCCGCGACCCGCACAGGAUUACCAUAAAAUCCUCUCAGACAAGCUAGGAGCCUUUACAAUAUGUGGCGGCAAUUUCGUUCUGCUCUACGGCACAUAAGGGGUUAGCAGCGGGAGGAGCGAAGGAAGAGGUUUGGUUUUAUGAAGAGAGGUUGGCUUCUGUCACUGACACCUCAUGUGGAGUCCCUGACAUCGCUCCAGCUUCUGUGACACGGUGCCAUUUACCGCACCGCACGACUGACUGAUAACACUGAGGCUUGUGCGCUUCUUCGGCGGGAAAAUGCAGAGCAUACUGCGGCAAGGCUGCCGGCUGCUCCCGGGAGUGACUGGGAACUUCCGGGCCAGUGGCUCAUGCACCUCUGCUGCUGGACACUGGGCGCCCCCUAGUGGAUUUGAUACAGGAAUACAAGUGUACAACAGCCUGACUAGAAGGAAGGAAGCGCUCACGCUGCACAGACCGGCGCUAGCAACAUGGUAUAGCUGUGGGCCAACUGUUUAUGAUCACGCACAUCUUGGACAUGCAUGUUCCUAUGUUCGAUUUGACAUAAUUCGAAGAAUUAUGACUACUUAUUUUGGAAUUGAUGUUGUCAUGGUGAUGGUCAUAACCGAUAUUGAUGACAAGAUAAUCAAGAGGGCCAAUGAGCUUAACUUGUCUCCAGUGUCCCUGGCUCGUACAUAUGAACAGGAGUUUAAACAGGAUAUGAUGGCUUUGAAGGUUCUCCCCCCUACGAUAUAUAUACGAGUUACUGAACAUAUUCCACAGAUCCUAUCCUUUAUCCAGCAGAUUAUUUCUAAUGGACAUGCUUACGCCACCUCACAUGGAAAUGUGUAUUUUGAUGUCCAGUCAAUGGGCAACAGAUAUGGAAAGUUUAUCGGUUCUUUUUCACAUAUGGAUACAGAGUCAGUUGUAAGUGACAAGAGGUCCCCCAGAGACUUUGCGUUAUGGAAGACCGCUAAACCUGAUGAGCCCUGUUGGGUCUCUCCAUGGGGUAAAGGAAGGCCUGGCUGGCAUAUUGAGUGCUCCACAAUCGCAAGUACUGUGUUUGGAGAACAGCUUGACAUUCAUACAGGUGGUAUUGAUCUGGCAUUCCCUCAUCAUGAAAAUGAAAUUGCUCAGUGUGAGGCCUAUCACCAGUGUGAUCAGUGGGGGAACUAUUUUCUGCAUUCAGGUCAUUUACAUCUCAAAGGAAAAGAAGAAAAAAUGUCAAAGUCUUUGAAAAACUACAUUACAGUGAAGGAAUUUUUGCAGUCUUUCUCUUCUGAUGAGUUCCGGAUGUUUUGUCUACGCUCUAAGUAUAAAUCAGCUGUGGAAUACAGUAAGGAUUCCAUGAAUGAAGCCACGAGCACCCUGAAAAUAAUCUCCUCUUUCCUUAACGAUGCCAAUGCCUAUCUGAAAGGUCAGCUCGUUUGUGAACCUGUACAGGAGGAUAUACUUUGGCAAAGACUGACUGAAACCAGAGUGAAUGUUAAAGCAGCGCUUGCAGAUGACUUUGACACUCUACGAGCUGUCGAUGCCGUUAUGGACCUCAUUCACCAUGGCAACCGACAGCUUAAGACCGUUUCCAAGGGUGUGCCUCAGGCCCGUAGCCCUCUGGUUUAUGGUGCCAUGGUGUCUUACGUGGAGCAGUUUUUAGAUAUUCUGGGAAUAUCUCUGCAGGAGGAGCAGACUCCCCGCACCCUCACCGGGAGUCAGUGAGAAGUGUGAUUACAGCACCUCCGUCCCAUUCACUUCAAUAAGACAGAGUGUAACUACAGCUGCUCCUUCCCAUACAAGUGAACGGGACUGAGGAGUUGUAAUUACACUGCUCACCGCUGCCGUGUCAAUGGCGAACAAGAACACAGAGCGCGCACAAGUGCUGUGGUUUCUUCAGACAGCUGAUCGGCAGGGGCGCCAGGACUCAGCAAGUUAAGUCAUUUCUUUUGUUAAUUGCAUUUCAAGACUCAUAACCUUUCAUUUUUCCAUGGAUGUAUCUGUAUGACGGCUUGCUUUUCUAGCAAUUCUUCCAUUCUUAUUUGUGUUUUUUUUUUUUCAGCUGUGGGAAAAAUAUGUUUAUUUUAGGGUCAGGACAAAUGCAGUGAUACUAAAUAUGUAUAAUAUUUUUUUGCACAUUUUAGUACCUUUGCACAAUAAAAACAGGUUUUAUGGGGAAAGUUAUUUUGGGGGGUGUCACAGUCCAGGAGUCAUUACUUUUUUAUUUUUCUGUCGACAUAGUCAUAUGAUGGUUUGCUUUUUUGCGACCUGAAUUAUAGUUUUGGGGGCACCAAUAAUUCAUGGACUCAUAUAAUUGUUUUGGGAGAUAGAAAAACAGCAAAUCUGCAAUUUUUGUACGCAAUAUUUUUUUUAUUUUUUUAGGGUUUUUUACUUUUGAUUAAACUUUAUUGAACAUAACUUUGCAGCUUCAGUCCUCUAGUGGAAAAAAAAAGCAAACCAAUUUUUGAUCACUUGUAUUAUGCUUUAGAAUAUGUAGAAUUCCAUAGCAUUAGAGACUAUACACUGACAGGCAACCUAUUAGGUCAUGCUUGUAUUAGUAGAGAGAUACUGAUGGCAGAAACGGAGGCCUUUGUUAGGCCCCCAACUGCUAUGCUAACACAUUGCUACUCUGCGUUCCUGCCACUGGUUGCUGUUAGCUAGACAGAGAGAGAGAUCCCCUCUGUUAACCACUGUGAGGUCUCUUUCUGACCUCCCCUCCUCUGACAAGAUCGCACAUCAUUAUGUCAUUGUAAGGCUACUUUCACACUAGCGUUUGAAAGUCAAUGGAGGACGGAUCAGUUUUCUAUUGUGGCAGAGAAAAGGAUCUGUCCCCAAUGACUUGCUCCGCAUCCCAGGACGGAAAGCAAAC